CGCCCAACCAUUGUUUUACCACAAACUUAUAUAUUUCACUUCGCCUAUUCGGGAUCACAGUACUCUCGAACAUGGCCUUCAACUGGGAUAGGCUCCAAAAGUCCCAACGCGAUUUUCCGAAACCAAAACUCGCACUUGCAGCGGCCAACAAAGCACUCAAAAAGCAGUCAAGCAACCCAUAUCUACUCGCCUGGAGACUGGACAUAUCUCUUCAAUUGGAACUCAACGAACCUGAGGUCACUCAGAAUCUAGCAAACGCUAUUGGAAAGACGACUAUAACGGAUUCUCAGCUUCUCGCAUAUGCUUACAGACUGCUUACCGAAUCAGCGCGAAGGCAAAAGACUACUGAUUUGAGUGGCGGCUCCAAUGGCGAUAUAGGCAUCAAACCAUGGGAGAAUGCCGCAAAAGGUCUCAAGAGUGGACGUGAUCGCUAUGAUCUUUGGAACACUCUGUUCAAGACAGCGAUGCGUGAAGAUUGCUGGGAAGAUGUCCGCGCGGCAGUCGUGAGAUACAACAAGGAAAAACCAUCUGGGAUCAAAAAGCUCAUGUACUUCCUUAAUAUUCUCGCAACUCAGCUCGCAGCUGAGAUGAAUGUGAGUGGUACUGGGACGGCCCAGACAAAUGCGUCAAUGCAAUUGAUGCUCGCUCAUAGGCAACUCAAGCAAGCAUAUGAGAAGCCAAUAGACGAAGCUAUUGCUAUCAAGGAUAUACGGGACUUGCGUUUCAUGGCUGAGAUAUUCAAACGACAAGGCCGUUGUACCGAGCUGUUUGCACUAUGGGGCAAUCCUCCCGAUGGUUUGAAGGAAGUCAUGUCCAAGCAUCACAAUGAUUUGAUGAGCCUGAAAACCAGGAUACUUUCGGAAGAAGAAAAAUGGGACUUGCUCAAAGACCACUGCAUAGCUUAUAUCGAACAAAGCAUGUCACAGGUGGACAAUGAAUCCGAGCGAACCUGGGAGCUUUGCGCUCGGAACUGGGAUGUGUGGAAGGGGUUGAUGGACGCAGUGUUGCAUACAGGUCGUAAGCCGGAGACAAUGGAUGUCAUCUCUGAGCUCAUCGAUCGCUGCUUCAAACCGGGAGUGCACAUCCAAGACCGACCUCUACGUCUUACGUAUAUGAAGUUGCAGCAAUUUGUGGAUCGUCCAUUCCUCUCAGAUUGCAAAGACUAUUGGGAGCACCAUUCCCGACUUCCUAGCUGUUUCAAGGAUCUCCGUCCACUGGUCGAAUCAUUGUCUGAAGACGACCAGGAAGACUUUCUCAAGUUCGUCGAAGAGAAAUCCUACGGAUUGAAGCCCAGCCCAGCAGAUGGUCAACAAAAAUUGGACAACUGGCUCCAGGCUGAAUUCAAUGUCUUGAAAUUCACAUAUCUGUUGACAAUAUCUCAACGAAAAACGCCGACCCCAGAAGCUCUGGAAUCGCUUAUCGGCAAUGCGCUGAGGUUAUUAAAGCUCUGGCCCGAAAACUCAGAGGUUGGGUACCUGGCUGUGUAUGGUCUUCAUGUCCUGCAUCAUCGAACUGUUCUACCAGACGUGCCGAACAAUUCGACUGGAACCGCCCAUGCCCGGCCGUUCAACAUUUACAACCCGCGCAUCCUUUUGCAAGCUACCAUGCUAGCGCGCCAUCUUGUUCAGCGUGAUGUCGACAAGUCAGAUAGAACCGGCUCCCUGCUUGCUGCUCGAUUACAUCUGAAUCUCGGACUCGGUAAAACCGCAUUUCAUCUUUAUAGCCAUACCAAGUUGAAGGAGAUGCUACUCGACACACUAUCGCCGUACAUACUAUCCCGCAUCUCUCUUACCCAUCCUUUCGACAUCAAAGGAUAUCAGAGCUUCUCGGCCGAGGCCGAGUUGUCGAAGGUCAUCAGCACGAUCGAGAAAAUGGAGGUGAAGUUAGGGAGCCUCUUGCUUACCGAUAUAUCAUCGUUUGCUUGGGACCAAGCCAUAGAUAUGUUGGUCAUGAAAGAGAAGCUAAAGUCGAGCUACACAAAACACCUCUGUACCAUGGAACGUCGUCGGAUAGCUCGCAUGAAAGGAGAGUCAAGCGAGAAUUUCCCUUGUCUAAGCCAUACCUCUUACCUCAACAUCUCGGACAAUGUGGACAGAACUGUAUUCCCUGAUUUCGAAGUCUCGGGUACUGGAGGCCUUCUCGACUUCCUCAUGCCCGCAAACAUACCCAAUAAGGACUGGUUUAUACAUAGUUGCAACGAUUGGGACCGUAUUAGCAAGGUACUUUACCAAGAAGGAGCCUGGUCUGACUUCUCCAGCUGGCAUGAGAAAGCUGUGGACAGUCAGUACGAUCCGAAGAAGAGCCAACCGAACAUGGUUUUGAUGGAGACCUCCCUUAAAGAGAUCUGGCACUCGAUCAAAAUACUCGGCGUGGAAGCACAUAUGCCGGGUAUAGCUUCAGCCGAAACACUCACAGAGAGCAUCAAUGUCCUUAUGAAAGAACUAAGUGGGAUGCGUCAGGCAAUGGAGAACCUGCGCGUACAGGGACCGACAGGCUUGAAGCCAGAAGACGAAAUGACGAUGCUCACCGAAGGCAUGCUCAUAGCAUGCUACACGAAGCUGGAAGUUCUUCGCGCACUUAACAAACUCCUGAAUCUUUUGGGUGACAAGGUCAUCAAGACCAAGGUCGCCCAUCCACUCAAGGCCAAGCUACCGGCAGACUUCGUCCCUAAGCUUUCCUCAGACAUGCUCAAGUGUUACCAAGCAAUCCGGGAUGUGGCUGAGAGCUAUAUCGACCUCAUCAAGAAGAGGGGCAUGGUCGCGAUCCAGGCACAGGUACGGUGGGGUCCGACGGGCAAGAUUUUGGAGCGUCUGCUCAGUGACGACGAUGUGGACUCCUAUGCUGGGGAAUAUGUGGAUAGCAUGAUUGAGGCAUGGAAUGGAGUGCUAAAGGUCAAGCUCAAGUGAAGGCGAGCAAGAGUAUGGACAUGAUUAUUGCAAUUUACUCGUUCGGAAUCUGUAUAUGUCGUAUCAUCAUUAUCAAUAUGAACAUGACGAUGCAC